AUGGCGGAUCCAAGCGGUGCACCACCCCAACCUGGUCCCGAUGACAUCUCGACCGCGAUUUUGCGACCAAAAAAGUCGCCUAAUCGUCUCAUCGUCGACGAGUCGACUGCGGAUGACAACUCUGUCGCGACCCUCAAUCCGGCGACGAUGGAGCUGCUCUCUCUCUUCCGAGGCGAUACCAUCAUCGUUCGCGGCAAGAAGAGACGCGAUACCGUGCUGAUUUGCUUGAGCUCUGACGAUGUCGAGGAGGGUCGCAUCCAGAUGAACAAAGUUGCCCGCAACAACUUGCGCGUGAAGCUCGGUGAUCUCGUCAACGUGCACCAAUGUCUCGACAUCAAGUAUGGAAAGCGGGUGCAUGUGCUACCCUUCGACGACUCUAUCGAGGGUCUCAGUGGCAACAUUUUCGAUGUAUACCUGAAGCCAUACUUUCUCGAAGCCUACCGCCCCGUCCGCAAGGGUGAUACUUUCCUGGUCCGCGGAGGAAUGCGGACGGUUGAAUUCAAGGUCAUCGAAACCGACCCUGCAGAAUUCUGUAUUGUGGCUCAAGAUACGGUUAUCCAUACAGAGGGUGACCCAGUCAAGAGAGAGGAUGAAGAAUCAAAUCUUAACGAUGUUGGUUACGACGAUAUUGGUGGAUGCCGGAAACAGAUGGCCCAAAUUCGCGAGCUGGUCGAGCUUCCUCUUCGCCACCCACAACUGUUCAAAUCGAUUGGUAUCAAGCCACCCCGUGGUAUCCUCAUGUUCGGGCCCCCCGGUACCGGUAAAACAUUGAUGGCUCGUGCUGUCGCGAACGAAACCGGUGCCUUCUUCUUCUUGAUCAACGGUCCCGAAAUUAUGAGCAAGAUGGCCGGCGAGAGUGAAAGUAAUCUCCGUAAAGCAUUUGAGGAGGCUGAGAAGAACUCGCCCGCAAUCAUCUUCAUUGAUGAAAUCGAUUCGAUUGCACCCAAGCGUGAAAAGACAAAUGGCGAAGUCGAACGUCGCGUUGUCUCGCAAUUGUUGACACUCAUGGACGGCUUGAAAGCACGCUCAAAUGUCGUGGUCAUGGCCGCUACUAAUCGGCCUAACUCGAUAGACCCUGCUCUUAGACGUUUCGGUCGUUUCGAUCGUGAAGUCGACAUUGGUAUUCCUGACCCCACUGGACGCCUCGAAAUUCUCCGCAUCCACACGAAGAACAUGAAGCUUGCUGACGAUGUCGACCUCGAGCAGAUUGCUGCUGAUACUCAUGGUUAUGUUGGUUCUGAUAUCGCGUCUCUGUGCUCAGAGGCUGCUAUGCAGCAAAUUCGCGAGAAGAUGGACCUGAUCGACCUCGACGAAGACACCAUCGAUGCUGAGGUUCUCGACUCGCUGGGUGUCACCAUGGACAACUUCCGCUUUGCCCUUGGUUCCUCGAAUCCUUCCGCUCUUCGCGAGACCGUCGUCGAGGUGCCGACCGUCACAUGGGACGACAUUGGUGGCUUGGAUAAGGUUAAGCUUGAGCUCCAGGAGACCGUGCAGUACCCCGUCGAGCACCCCGAGAAGUUCCUCAAGUACGGUAUGUCGCCGUCAAAGGGUGUCCUCUUCUAUGGUCCUCCUGGAACGGGUAAGACCUUGCUUGCCAAGGCCAUUGCGAACGAGUGCAAUGCCAACUUUAUCUCCAUCAAGGGCCCCGAACUCCUCACGAUGUGGUUCGGUGAAUCAGAAGCCAAUGUCCGUGACGUGUUCGACAAGGCUCGCGCUGCCGCUCCUUGCGUCAUGUUCUUCGAUGAAUUGGACUCCAUCGCCAAGGCCCGCGGUUCUGGUGCUGCUGGAGGCGAUGCUGGAGGUGCUAGCGACCGUGUGCUGAACCAGAUCCUUACGGAGAUGGACGGCAUGAACGCGAAGAAGAACGUAUUUAUCAUCGGCGCCACAAAUAGGCCCGACCAAAUCGACCCUGCUCUCCUCCGUCCUGGCCGUCUCGACCAGCUCAUCUACAUUCCCCUUCCUGAUGAGCCUUCGCGUCUGUCGAUCCUCAAGGCUGCGCUCAAGAAGUCGCCUGUGGCACCCGAAGUGGACCUCAGCUUCUUGGCGAAGAACACCCAUGGGUUCUCUGGUGCUGAUUUGACGGAAAUUUGCCAACGGGCAGCCAAGCUUGCUAUUCGUGCGUCGAUCGAUUCGGACAUCCAGCGUGCACGCGAAAAGAAGGAGCGUGAAGAGGCUGAGGACGCAAAGAUGGAAGAAGACGAGGAGGAAGAGGAAGACCCCGUCCCUCAGAUCACAAAAGAGCACUUUGAAGAGGCCAUGAAGUACGCGCGUCGCUCUGUCUCUGAUCAGGACAUCCGCCGUUACGAGAUGUUCUCUCAGAACUUGCAACAAUCGCGCGGCUUCGGAAACAACUUCAAGUUCCCUGAGGGUGAAGGCGCACCCGCCCAGCAGGCGGCCGCCACCGGCAACGCAGGGUUCGCUGAUGACACCGCCGAUGACGACUUGUAUGCGUAA